AUGAUCGUCUGUACUUUCAAUGCACGUACGCUAGCAUCAGAUGCAUCCAUCGAGGACCUGAUGGUACAAGCGCGAAUGAUCAAGUACGACAUCAUUGGUCUGACCGAGACAAGAAGGCACGAAUCUCACCAUGCCGUUUUCGACACUGGAGAAGAAUUGUUCCUCGGAACAUGCGAUAAAAGAGGUGUUGGAGGCGUUGGUGUCCUUGUCAACACAAACUUGGCCAAGAGCAUUGAUUCAUUCGAAUGCCUAACAACCGGAAUCGGACGUUUACAUUUGAAUAGAUGUGGCUCACUGCCUGCAGUUUCUAUCUUCGUUGUCUACGCACCAACAUCUCAUUAUGAUGAAAGAGAAAUCGAGAAGUUCUACAUGGAGCUAGAGAAGUUCUAUAAAGAAGACCACACCUUCUACAAGAUCAUUGUGGGUGAUUUUAAUGCCAAGAUAGGACCGAGAAGAUCAGCUGAAGAACUUCACAUCGGAACCCAUGGCCUAGAAUGGAACGAACAGGGUGAGAGACUGUCUGAGUUUAUCAUGUCGACCAAGACCAUUCAUGGUAACUCACAGUUCCAGAAGGCAGAAUCUAAACGAUGGACAUGGGAGUCUCCUGGUGGACGAUUCCACAACGAAAUAGACCACAUCAUAUUCAAUCGACGGUUUUGCCUGACUGAUGUCGCUGUUGUCCCAAAAUUUCGAACGGGAUCGGACCACCGUCACCUGGCACCCGAGCUGUGCAGGAGGAAGAGAGCAGCUUGGAACGCCUUCAAGAACGUCGAAGAAAUAGCUAAGAGGAUGAAGAACCUCCGGCUCCGAGCACAUCUCUUUGAUUCCACUGUUCUUCCUGCAUUAACAUAUGCCUCAGAGACCUGGGCCCUACGCAAACAAGAUGAGAACGCCAUUCAGGUCUCCCAAAGAAGAAUAGAAAGAGCUAUGCUUGGAAUAUCACGUUUCACUCAAAUGAGAGAAAGAAUCCGGAGUUCUGACAUCCGUCGACGAUCAAGGAUCAGGGACGCUGUCUCAUUUGCCAAGGUGUCGAAAAUCAGAUGGGCUGGUCACGUAAUGAGAUUUAAAGAUGACCGUUGGACCAGAGCUGUUACUGACUGGAUUCCACGGGAUGUCAAAAGAUCACGUGGCCGCCCACCUACCAGAUGGUCAGAUUUCUUCGUCAAGAUCAUGAACGAUCGGUCUGAGGCCCUUCAUGUUCCCGGAGCGAACAGAUGCCAUUGGGCUACACUAGCACGCGACAGGGACAAAUGGAGACGUUACUGGCGCCCGCUCGAGCAAAUCGACGACUAA